GGGUUGUCAGGCAGGUUAUAAGAGUUCGGGCCAAUUGGAGGCACAGGCACAGCUCGACCGGGCGCAGCGCGCAGGCGGAGGCAAAAAGACGCCGAAGCGGGCCGAGUGCGGCCGAGCAAAGCCGGAGCCGGAGCGGGACUGCAGGAGCCGGACCGGGUCCGGACGGGCCGAGAUGCCCUAUAAACUGAAGAAGGAGAAGGAGCCCUCCAAGCUUGCCAAAGGCACAGCCAAGCCCAGUAGCUCUGGCAAGGAUGGUGGAGGCGAGAGCACCGAGGAGGCCCAGCCACAGUCACAGCCACAACCCCAGCCACAGAGCUCGCCUCAGUCCCAGCCACAGCCCCAGUCCCAGCCACCGUCAUCCAACAAGCGUCCCAGCAACAGCACUCCGCCCCCCACGCAGCUCAGCAAAAUCAAGUAUUCAGGAGGGCCUCAGAUUGUCAAGAAGGAGCGACGACAGAGCUCUUCCCGCUUCAACCUCAGCAAAAACCGGGAGUUGCAGAAGCUUCCUGCCCUGAAAGACUCUCCAACCCAAGAGCGGGAGGAGCUGUUUAUCCAGAAGCUACGUCAGUGCUGCGUCCUCUUUGACUUUGUGUCAGAUCCACUCAGUGACCUCAAAUUCAAGGAGGUGAAGCGGGCAGGACUCAACGAGAUGGUGGAGUACAUCACCCACAGCCGUGAUGUUGUCACCGAGGCCAUUUACCCCGAGGCUGUCACCAUGUUUUCAGUGAAUCUCUUCCGGACACUGCCGCCAUCAUCAAAUCCCACAGGGGCAGAGUUUGAUCCAGAAGAAGAUGAACCGACUCUGGAAGCGGCCUGGCCCCACCUCCAGCUUGUAUAUGAGUUUUUCUUACGUUUCCUUGAGUCUCCUGAUUUCCAGCCAAAUAUAGCCAAGAAGUACAUUGACCAGAAGUUUGUCCUGGCUCUCCUAGACCUCUUUGACAGUGAAGAUCCUCGUGAACGGGACUUCCUCAAGACCAUCUUACAUCGAAUCUAUGGCAAAUUUCUGGGGCUCCGGGCCUAUAUCCGCAGGCAGAUUAAUCACAUCUUCUACAGGUUCAUCUAUGAGACGGAGCACCACAACGGGAUUGCUGAGCUCCUGGAAAUCUUGGGCAGCAUCAUCAAUGGCUUUGCCCUGCCCCUUAAGGAAGAGCACAAGAUGUUCCUUAUCCGAGUCCUGCUUCCCCUUCACAAGGUCAAGUCCCUGAGUGUCUACCAUCCUCAGCUGGCAUACUGUGUGGUACAAUUCUUGGAGAAGGAGAGCAGUCUGACGGAGCCGGUGAUUGUGGGACUUCUCAAGUUUUGGCCCAAGACCCACAGCCCCAAGGAGGUGAUGUUCCUGAAUGAACUAGAGGAGAUUUUGGAUGUCAUUGAGCCCUCCGAGUUCAGCAAGGUGAUGGAACCGCUCUUCCGCCAACUUGCCAAGUGUGUCUCCAGCCCUCAUUUCCAGGUGGCAGAGCGUGCCCUCUAUUACUGGAACAAUGAGUAUAUCAUGAGCCUGAUAAGUGACAAUGCUGCCCGGGUCCUUCCCAUCAUGUUCCCUGCACUCUACAGGAACUCCAAGAGCCACUGGAAUAAGACUAUCCAUGGACUGAUUUAUAAUGCCCUUAAACUGUUUAUGGAGAUGAAUCAGAAGCUUUUUGAUGACUGCACACAGCAGUACAAGGCAGAGAAGCAGAAGGGUCGAUUCCGAAUGAAGGAGAGAGAAGAGAUGUGGCAAAAGAUUGAGGAGCUAGCUCGGCUUAAUCCCCAGUACCCCAUGUUCCGAGCUCCGCCUCCACUGCCCCCUGUGUACUCGAUGGAGACGGAGACCCCCACCGCAGAAGACAUCCAGCUUCUGAAAAGGACUGUGGAGACAGAGGCCGUGCAGAUGCUGAAAGAUAUCAAGAAAGAGAAAGUGCUGCUUCGACGGAAGUCAGAGCUCCCCCAGGACGUGUACACCAUCAAGGCACUGGAGGCGCACAAGCGAGCUGAAGAGUUUCUAACUGCUAGCCAGGAGGCUCUCUGACCCCCCUCACCAUCCCACCACAGGGCCACAGCCCACAGCCCUGGAACACCACCCGGCCCUCUACCCUAUGCUCCCUAUUGGCUGACUUGGGGCAAGACAGUGCCUCUCUAGCUACUCUUAGGGAGGGGGAUGCAGGCACUUGAAGCAAGGACACCCACAGUGUGUCUCCUCUUCUCCCUUAAAAUGUGUUCAUGCCUCCCUGUGGCUAGUGCAGAAUAGGCUGGGCUCCCUAGCCCCCUCCUGUUGCUCACCCCACAGCUAUCUGAGGCUGCUCUGAGAAACACAGAAAUCCAUGUGCCACUCUCCCCCUCUUUAUCCUCAUUUGAGCUCCGGGUGUCUCUCCUCUUCCUCCCCUACAGAAGCAUGUAGGGAGCAGCAGGAAAUUCUCACCAAAGUUAUGUCAGGCCCCACCGGCUCCUGGAGAGAGUAACUGGAGGGGAGUCCAGCCUCAAGAGCACAACCCACCCCCCAGCCCCAGCAGCGUGCAAGCUAAUGUGGAUGUAUUACUCUUUCUUCCCACAGUGGUGUGGGAAAGUCAUAGGAAAAUACAGGCCAUGGACAGUAGGUGAUGAACACAUGCCCAGAUAGACCAAGGGGAGCAGGAAUGAACAAAAAUACCCUACCUUCUGCCCCCUCUUUGGUGAGCAGCAGUCCCAGGAUCACAGACAUGGAUGGAACCACCCUGGGGGCCGACUGCUUCCCAGUGCUUUGGAAAAGAAGCUGGAAGGGAGCAGUGCCCCAAGCAUGGCUCCAACACCUAUUUAUUUCCUUGUUUGUGCUAAUGCUGGGCAAGUCCUCACUUGCCCCUCGCAGGUACCUUGCAGGGGUGAGGGGCUGAAGAGGGCUGGACCCGGGUUCCUGGGCAUAGGCAAAGCGCCUUUUGGCUGUGUACAUAGGGUGCUUUAUUCUCUACAGAGCGAUACAUGCUAAGGAGGGUUGGGCUUGGGCCAACGUCCCCAUAUGUACAGAACUGAAUAAAGUGGGUCUCCAAGAAGUC